GCUCCGGGCCCCACCCGACUCAGACGGCUCCGGACGGGACCUCGAGCACAGGCCGCUCCGCGGGCGCCUCGGAUCCCCGCGGGACCCCCGUCCAGCCCGCCCGGUGCAGCCGCCUGCGCGCCCGAUCGGCAGCUCUCCCCUGCACGUCCCCCUCGGCGAGCCCAGUGCGCAGUGUGCGGCCACCAUGUUCAGCUGGCUGAAGCGAGGCGGGGCGCGGGGCCAGCAGCCCGAGGCCAUCCGCACGGUGACCUCGUCCCUCAAGGAGCUCUACCGCACCAAGCUGCUGCCCCUCGAGGAGCACUACCGGUUCGGCGCCUUCCACUCGCCGGCCCUGGAGGAUGCCGACUUCGACGGCAAGCCCAUGGUGCUGGUGGCCGGCCAGUACAGCACGGGCAAGACGAGCUUCAUCCAGUACCUGUUAGAGCAGGAGGUGCCGGGCUCCCGCGUGGGGCCCGAGCCCACCACCGACUGCUUCGUGGCCGUCAUGCAUGGGGACACCGAGGGCACUGUGCCGGGCAACGCCCUUGUGGUUGACCCAGACAAGCCCUUCCGCAAGCUCAACCCUUUCGGGAACACCUUCCUCAACAGGUUCAUGUGUGCCCAGCUCCCCAAUCAGGUCCUGGAGAGUAUCAGUAUCAUCGACACCCCGGGCAUCCUGUCAGGCGCCAAACAGAGAGUGAGCCGGGGCUACGACUUCCCGGCGGUGCUGCGCUGGUUUGCGGAGCGCGUGGACCUCAUCGUCCUGCUGUUCGAUGCGCACAAGCUGGAGAUCUCCGACGAGUUCUCCGAGGCCAUCGGCGCCCUGCGCGGCCACGAGGACAAGAUCCGCGUGGUGCUCAACAAGGCGGACAUGGUGGAGACCCAGCAGCUGAUGCGCGUCUACGGGGCGCUCAUGUGGGCGCUGGGCAAGGUGGUAGGCACCCCCGAGGUGCUGCGUGUCUACAUCGGCUCCUUCUGGUCCCAGCCCCUCCUGGUGCCCGACAACCGGCGCCUCUUCGAGCUGGAGGAGCAGGACCUCUUCCGCGACAUCCAGGGCCUGCCGCGCCACGCCGCGCUUCGCAAGCUCAACGACCUGGUCAAGAGGGCCCGGCUGGUGCGGGUCCACGCGUACAUCAUCAGCUACCUGAAGAAGGAGAUGCCCUCCGUGUUCGGGAAGGAGAACAAGAAGAAGCAGCUGAUCCUCAAGCUGCCCGUCAUCUUCGCCAAGAUCCAGCUGGAGCAUCACAUAUCCCCCGGUGACUUUCCCGACUGCCAGAAGAUGCAGGAGCUGCUGAUGGCUCACGACUUCACCAAAUUCCACUCACUGAAGCCGAAGCUGCUGGAGGCUCUGGACGAGAUGCUGACGCACGACAUCGCCAAGCUCAUGCCCCUGCUGCGGCAGGAGGAGCUGGAGAGCACCGAGGUGGGCGUGCAGGGCGGCGCUUUCGAGGGCACCCACAUGGGCCCGUUCGUGGAGCGGGGGCCCGAUGAGGCCCUGGAGGACGGCGAGGAGGGCUCCGACGACGAGGCCGAGUGGGUGGUGACCAAGGACAAGUCCAAGUACGACGAAAUCUUCUACAACCUGGCGCCGGCCGACGGCAAGCUGAGCGGCACCAAGGCCAAGACCUGGAUGGUGGGCACCAAGCUCCCCAAUUCGGUGCUGGGGCGCAUCUGGAAGCUGAGUGACGUCGACCGGGACGGCAUGCUAGAUGACGAGGAGUUCGCCCUGGCCAGCCACCUCAUCGAGGCCAAGCUCGAGGGUCACGGGCUGCCCACCAACCUGCCCCGCCGCCUGGUGCCGCCCUCCAAGCGGCGCCACAAGGGCUCGGCAGAGUGAGCCAGCCACGGCCCGCCGGCCCUCCCUCCCUCUUGCCUUGCUGUGGCUCCCCAGCUCCAGCUGGCUGCACGCACACCGCCCCCCAGCCUGCACGCACGCUGCCUGCCCACCUUCUCGGCUGUCAGAUGGGGGCUCUCCACUCCCCUCCGCCAGACAGUGGGGACCAGGGUAGGGGCGAGGCUUCUCUGCCUGGCCUUUGCACCUCUCCCCUCACGUGCCCUUAGGCACAUCACAUUGACAUUAACACACACACACAUAGAGGCAUUGAUUCAAUCAUCUUCAUUCAAGUAUUUAUUGAGCACAUACUAUGUUUGGAUGCGCAGGGCUUGUUCCGGGCACUGGGGAUCACAGCAGAGAGCAAAGUAGACACGUAGACCUGCCCUCAGGGGGCUGACAUUCUCAGGAGAGAGCACCCACACCGUCACACAAACACACACACACACACACACACACACACACAC